AUGACGAAUCAAAAAUCAAAGAGUAAUCGAACAAAUUUUUCACGUGCUUGCGUUUUCAUCGACUCGAGCAAUCCUUCAAUGCCUUAUCAGGUGAUUGAUAGUAAAAUCCGCCCUUUAAUCAAAUUGCCCUUUCCUCCUGUCAUUGAUCCCGCAGAUCUAGUUCAACAGGUGAAUGAGGGAAAUAUCCCGGCCAGGGCUCCAAAUGCGUUCAUUAUUUAUCGAAAAGCAUUUAUCGAUGCCGCGCAUAUUGAUGGAUAUCAUUUACCCAUGAGAAUCAUGUCAUCUAUGGCUUCUCAAUCAUGGGAACAAGAAACCGAUACGGUGAAGUCCGAAUAUCGUAGACUUGCAAAUGAAGCCUUUAAUCUUCGAAAUGAAUUGUACCCUAAAUCCGGAUUUCGUAGAAAACGAGCCAAAUGGAACAUCGUUUCAUUUCAGAAUAAAAACAAGGUAACAAAGAAGCGACAAAAAUGGAACAUAGUUUCAUUCGAAUCAAAACAAUCCGAUUUGUCACAUAAGGAACAUGUGGAACCGAAAGAACCGGUCGAAACCCAAUUAUUAGAGGUUAUCCAACAAAUUCCUUCUCCCAAACAAUCAACCUUUUCAAAUUUCGUUUAUCACGAUUUGAUUCCAAGUCCCGAACCAUCGAUAACUAGCGGUUUCUCACCUGAAAUGAAUGAUCCAAUUGACAAUGAUCUUGAUUUUUGUAUUCCCGAACAAUCCAUGAAUGGAAAUUUUGAACAUUUCAAUGUAGAAGACAAUUUUCUCAAUUAUUAUCAAAUUCCAACGUUUGUUUAUAAUGAUUACAACGAACAUUUAUCAAACGAAAGUAUUUUAUCCCAAGAAUAUUUUAAUGGGUCGGUCAAUUUCCAACCUGUAAAUGUCGAACCCGAUGCGUUACAUUUAUAUGAAAAUAUGAAUUACUUUUCAGAUGGGUUAGGGAUCUCUAACUCCGAAUCAGGACCUUCCGUUGAAUAUUUUCGAUAA